AUAAUUGUAAAGUAAUAAUAAGAGUUCGCCCUCCUUUACCAAGAGAAAUAGACGAUGGAAAAUUUAUAUCAACAAUUUAGGUUUCUCCUGAAUCAAAGAAAAUAUGUAUAUACGAAUAUUAUAAUAUUGAAUUAGUAGAAUCCGAAAAAUUAUAAGAAUUUUUAAACAAUCCAAAUAAUUAUACUAUGCAUUAAUUUUCUUUUGAUCAUGUAUAUGAUCAGGAUUCUACAUAAUAAGAUGUUUACGAUAAUACUGCCCGUUAAUCAGUAAUUAGUGCCUUAUAAGGGUUUAAUGCUACAAUAAUGGCUUAUGGGUAAACAGGAACAGGAAAAACCUUUACAAUGGAAGGUUUUAAAUAUAAUUCUAUGGAUCCAUAAAGAGGAAUAAUCCCAAGAUCGAUAGAGGAGAUAUUUAAAUAUAUAGAAACAUGUUCAAAUGAAUCUACCACUUUUAUGGUCCGUGCCAGUUAUUUAUAAAUAUAUAAUGAAAUAAUAAGCGAUUUGAUACAUUCUGAAAGAAACAAUUUAAACAUUCGAGAAGAUAAGAAAAAAGGAGUAUUCGUAGACGGCCUUUCAGAAUGGGCAGUUCGAAAUCCAACUGAAAUAUUUUCAUUAAUACAAAAGGGCGCAUAAUCGAGGAGAACAGCAUCAACGAAAAUGAAUGAUAUAUCUUCUAGAUCACAUGCAGUUUUUAUUAUUACAAUUGAGUAGAUGACUUAAGAUUCCGAAGAAGUAAAAUAAAUAAAAGUCGGAAAAUUAAAUAUUGUCGAUCUCGCAGGAAGUGAAAGAGUAAGAGUUACAGGAGCAACUGGAAAAAGAUUAGAAGAAUGUAAAAAAAUCAACUAGUCAUUAUCAUGUUUAGGUAAUGUAAUUUCCGCUUUAACGGAUUAUAAAUAUUAAAAAGGACAUAUUCCUUAUAGAGAUUCUAAAUUAACAAGGCUUUUAGAAGAUUCAUUAGGAGGAAACUGUAAAACAACAAUGAUGGCAAUGAUUUCUCCUGCUUAGGAAGCUUUUAAUGAAAGCUUAAGUUCAUUAAAAUUCGCCAAUAGGGCCAAAAAUAUAAAAAAUUAGCCAAUUAUAAAUGAAGAUUUAGAUUAAAGAGCACUUUUGAGAAAAUAUGAAAUCGAAUUAAAAUAAUUAAAAAGAGAGUUGGAAGAGCGAAAUAAACUUAUUUAUGAUAAAAGUAGGGUUAUUUAAUUAGAAGAAGAUAAAAAAAAAGCCGAAUAAGAUAAGAAAAAUGCUAUUUAGGCUUUGGAAAAAAGAUCUAAAGAGUUCUUUUUAGAAAGAGAAGAAAAAAAAAGUUAGAAGAAAAAAUAAGAAGCAUUAAUACAUAAAUACUUGUUGGAGGACAUAAGAUUGAAGAUACUCCUUAAUUUAGGAGUGCAUUGGAAGAAUAAUAAAAACUUAUUAGAUAGUAAUAUGAAAAAAGAUUACAAGAUUUAGAAAAAGAAAGGGAAAUAAUUGUUGAAGAUAAACUUCAAGUUGAUCGUUAUAAGUAACUUUUGUUGA